GUUGUCAAUCCGGUGUCUUAUGUAUUCAGUAUAAAAUUUAAACAUUUAAAGAUGGUUGGAUUUGUUUUAUAUGCUUUUCUAAUAAAGUUACUUCUAUUAUCAAUAUUUAAAAUUUCAUGGACAAGCCCUUCAAACAUAAGCAUCAACUCAAGAGCAGCACAAUGUGAUAUUAAUCGUUCAACACAAUUUCCUGCCAGUUUCAAAUUUGGCGUCGCUACUGCCGCAUAUCAGAUUGAAGGAGCAUGGAAUGUCAGCGGAAAAUCUCCAAGUGUUUGGGAUAUCGGAACUCAUGAACAUCCCGAAAGAAUUGUCGAUCACACGAACGGAGAUUUUGCAGCAAACUCUUAUGAGAAAUAUUUAGAAGAUAUUGCUGCCAUUAAGGAAGUUGGAUUCAACCAUUAUCGUUUUUCGAUAUCAUGGAGUCGAAUCCUUCCUACCGGAGAAAUUCAAUCCUUAAAUCAACAUGGCUUGGAUUACUAUCAUCGCGUAAUUGAUGCUGUCAUAGCAGCAGGAGUUGAACCAAUAAUCACAAUGCAUCAUUACGACACUCCUCAAGCAAUUCAGGAUUUAGGAGGUUUAGCAAAUCCUGUCUUUGCUGACUUUUUUGAAACCUAUGCCGGGGUUUUGUAUCAAAACUUCGGAGAUAAAGUCAAGACAUGGUUAACUUUCAACGAACCCUUCGAUGUUUGCAUGGAAGGUUAUGGUUUGGGAAAGUCCCCUCCAUUUGUCAAUGCCUCUGGUAGAGCAGAUUAUCUUUGUGUUCAUCACGUUUUAUUAAGUCAUGCGAAAGCUUAUCAUUUAUAUCGCAGUAAAUUUGAGCCAGAACAACAAGGAAAGGUUAGCAUCACUUUAAACAGUCGCUUUUUCUACCCGAAAAAUGAUCAAGUUGAUCAAAGCUUCAUUGAUCGUGCUUUACAAUUCCGUCUCGGGCUAUUUGCUCAUCCAAUUUUCAGUGAAACAGGAGGAUAUCCUCCUGUAAUGAUGGAAGUAAUUGCUCGUAAUAGCUUGGAAGAAGGAUUUACCAAAUCACGCCUUCCUGAAAUGACGAAGCACAUGAAAGCUUAUAUCAAGGGCACAGCAGAUUUCUUCGCUUUUAACUAUUACACUUCACGCAUAAUUGAACCUGAUCUCAAUCGCACUCUCGAAAGAAUUUCAUGGGAAAAAGAUGCAGGUUUCCUAUCAAGCGUCAACCCAGAAUGGAUAAGAGCGAAGUCAGAUUGGCUCUAUUCCGUUCCCGAUGGCUUACGAGACCUUUUGAAAUGGAUCAAAGAGGAAUAUGGAAAUCCUGAAAUCAUUAUAACCGAAAAUGGUUGGAGUGACAAUGGAGAAACAGAUGAUAAUGGUCGUAUUAAUUACCUCCGAAGUCAUUUGAGUGCAAUUUUGAAGGCGAUUGUUUGUGAUGAUGUACGUCUCACGGGAUACACAAUAUGGAGCAUUAUAGAUAACUUUGAAUGGCUACAAGGAUAUACCGAGAAAUUUGGAUUGUAUCACGUCGACUUUAGCAACCCAGACAGAACACGAACACCAAAAAAGUCUUCGAAAUUCAUGCAAAAAGUGACGCAAACACAUAGAAUUCCCGACUAUUCCACAAUUUUAUAGAAGAAGAAAAAAUUUUCAAUCAUGAUGGCUUCGUAUUUCUUUUUGUUUUGCACUUUUUCAAUAACGAUGUGGUUUAUUUUCCUGUCUGGAUGGCGUGGCAUCUUGCACUGCAUGGCAAACAACAAACCCUUAUGCGAGUUUUCUUGUCUCGAAAACACAAAGGAAAACAACGAGAAAAAAAAGCAAAGCAAGAAAAAAAGUACGAAGAAGACACACACAAGUAAAUAAUAUGAAAAAGAUGUUUUAUUUUUCCAUUUAUUCACGGUGUCUU